AUGGAAGGAGGUCUGGGAUUCAGGAACCUAUUGUGUUUCAACAAAGCAAUGCUGGGGAAGCAGGUUUGGAGGUUGAUUAGAUACCCAAAUCUGUUGGUCAGUAGAAUUCUAAAGUCUAAGUACUACCCCAAGGAUUCCAUUUUGAAUUGUGAGACCCCCAAGAAUGCUUCUUGGUUUUGGCAAAGUAUCAUAUCAGCAAGAGAGGCAAUCAAGGGGGGCAUACUGAAAAGAGUGGGAUCAGGGAAGAGCAUAAGAAUAUGGAAAGACCAAUGGAUUCCAAAUAAUCUAAAUGGAAGGCCUACUACUGGAAUGCCAGCAAGUGGAGAGGAGCAAAAGGUGGAAGAACUGAUUUCAAAUUUCAGAUGGAAAAGGAAUGAGAUAUACAGGAGGUUCAAUAGGGAGGAUGCUGAGAACAUUUUGAAGAUACCCAUCAGUCUGUCAAGAUCAGGGGACAUGCAUUUCUGGACUCAUUGCAAGAAUGGGGAGUUUUCAGUUAAAUCAUGCUAUCAGGUACUGCUUAAGGAAGACAGAAGUAUGGAGAGGGGAGCAAAAGGAGAAGCUGGAUCGAGUUAUGAUGACUCCAACAAACAAAUCUGGAAAACUCUUUGGAGUCUGAAUAUCAAGCAUAAGAUCAAGCUAUUUAUAUGGAGGUGCAUUACUAACACAUUAACAGCCAGGGAAACAAUCUUCAGGAGGACAAAACAAGGAUCGCCUAUCUGUUCAAGGUGUGGAGAUAGAAUGGAAACGAUUGAACACAUUCUAUUUCAUUGCCAUCAGGCUCAGAAGGUAUGGAAGCUAGCACCAAUCCAGUGGGAUGGAAUUCAGAAUCAAACAGGGUGCUUCAAGAAGUGGUGGGCAGCAUUAAGUCAAACUACAAGCAGAGCUGAAGGAAGACAGCAUAUUGCCUUGACUGCUAACUUGCUAUGGCAGCUAUGGAAGGAUAGAAAUGAGAUGGAAUUUGAAGGGAAAGAAAGAGAGGGCCUGAAAAUUGUGCAAAAAGCCAGUGCAGAAUGGAUGGAAUAUGAGGAAGCUUGGAAAGGAAAGAACGAGAAAAGUACAUCAGAAACAGAUGGAGCUAUUGGAAGUGCAAGGGAAAGAGGAAGGGAGGAGGGAGAGCUGCUGGAACUUCAGAUAGCUACUAAGAAAGCAGCAGUGGGACAUAAAUUGGGGAUUGGCAUCGUAGCUAAGGAGGCUGGAGGGAGGAUCAGAGCUGAGUGGACGUUAGUGGAAAGGAGUGCGCACAGGGACAUUCAAGAUGAAGCUGUGGCAGUAAGAUUGGCACUAAUGAAAGCAAAACAACAAGGAUGGCAAAGAAUCAAAAUCAUUAGUGCCAACAAGCAACUCAUUGCCUUGCUAAAAGCUGGGAAAGGCGACAAUCCGAAUACUGCCACACUGGUCGAAGACAUAAAUGUGUUAGCUAAUCUGUUUCAAAUGUGCUCUUUUGAGGUUAGGAAUAUUAGUAAUAUGUCUUUAAGUAAUCAAAUUAGCCAUUAUGCCCUGAGCAUACUUAUGGAUGAGGAGAGAUUUUUUGGCUCUCCUUAA